GUUAGAACCUACGCAUAGUUUGUUGUCAUAACAAAGGGUCCAAAUGGAUGCAGCCGAGAAUAGUUCAGGAUUUAUUUUAAACAUUAAUUAGGUUAUGCAUUAUUCAGCUUAUAGAAGGAACAGGUCCUUAAACUCCCAAGAAAUUCCUCUGGUUAUGAGUUCUGACGAACGGGAUUUUGAAGCAGACGAAACCGAUUAUCUCCUUCAUCCUGAUAGUGAAUACAGAUCUUCCAGAAUGAGUGGGAAUCGACCUAGGACUUUAAGAAAUUGUAAAAAUGUUUUGUCUCGGCUUAUGUGUGGAUGCUGCCAGUGGAUAUGGCGGCGUUGUUUCCGAGAACGAGAGCUAAGGGCUAGGACUAUUGUUAUUGGGCGUCCUAGCCCGGAAAAGUUCCCUGCCAAUGUGAUCAGAAAUCAGAAGUACAACAUCAUUACGUUCUUACCAUUGGUAUUGUUUCAGCAGUUCAAGUUUUUCCUCAACUUGUACUUCCUGCUGAUGGCAGUGAGUCAGUUCAUCCCAGAACUAAGACUUGGAUUUUUAUACACCUAUUGGGGACCACUGUGUUUUGUCCUGAUCGUGACAAUUUGUCGGGAAGCGAUUGAUGACUUCCGUCGUCACCAGAGGGACCAAGAAGUCAACAGUCAGAAGUACAAGCGGCUGAUACGAGCUCGGGACGGUCUCGUGGCCACGGAACUUGUACCUGCCAGCAAACUUAAAGUUGGCGAUUUGAUCAUCGUAGAAAAAGACCAGCGAGUACCGGCAGACCUGGUGUUGCUGCGGACGACGGAACGUUCUGGAGCUUGUUUCGUCAGAACCGACCAACUGGACGGAGAGACAGACUGGAAACUACGUCUAGCCGUGCCUGACACUCAGAAGUUGGAGACAAACGCUAAACUGUUUGAGAUACAUGCAUCCCUGUUUGCUGAGAAACCGCAGCGGGAUAUUCAUAGCUUCAUUGGUACUUUUACUCGGCACGAUGGUAGCGGAGAGGACAGUCUGGAUGUAGAGAAUACGUUGUGGACCAACUGUGUAGUAGCGUCGGGCACAGCUGUGGGAGCCGUCGUCUACACUGGUAUGGAGACUAGGAGUGUGAUGAACAAUUCGCAGCCUCGCAGUAAAGUGGGACUACUGGACAUGGAGAUCAACCAGCUCACUAAGGUUCUGUUUGCUGCAGUUAUUGGGUUAGCGUUUGUGCUGAUGUGUCUAAAAGGUUUCCAAGGGCCUUGGUACAGAUACAUGUUCCGAUUUGUCUUGCUGUUCUCGUACAUUAUUCCCAUCAGCUUGAGAGUCAACCUUGAUAUGGGGAAGGCUUUCUAUUCUUACACGAUGCAAAGAGACAAGGAAAUGCCAGACACUGUUGUAAGGUGUACCACCAUCCCGGAGGAGCUGGGCAGGAUCUCAUAUCUCCUUAGUGACAAAACAGGAACUCUCACUCAGAACUCGAUGGUGUUCAAACGUCUCCACCUGGGAACCGGCUCUUACUCGCCCGAAUCUUUUGAUCAGGUGAGAGAGAAGGUUGCCCAGGCGUACACAACGGACUCCACGUCCCCAGCCAAGCCAGCAGCUCAGGUGUCCAAGAUCCGCCGCAGUGAGCACACCAGAGUACACGAGGCUGUCAAGGCCAUCGCGUUGUGUCACAACGUCACUCCUGUGUGGGAACCAGCGACAGACGACUCACAGUCCGAAGCUGAUCAACAUUACAACAUUGAGCAGCCUAGUGGGAGAGUCUACCAGGCUUCUAGUCCUGACGAGGUUGCUUUAGUUAAGUGGACCGAAGAGGUGGGUCUGGCAUUAGAGAAACGUGAUCUUGUAUCCAUACAGCUGAGGACACCCAACAAUAAAAUCUUGGACUUCUCCAUCCUUCAAGUGUUUCCCUUCACCUCAGAAACCAAGCGAAUGGGCAUCAUUGUCAAAGACAUGACUAGCGGAGAGAUCACGUUUUAUCUGAAGGGAGCGGACGUGGUUAUGUCAGGCAUAGUACAAUACACAGACUGGCUGGACGAGGAGUGUGGAAACAUGGCAAGGGAAGGACUGCGAACUCUGGUGGUGGCGAAGAAAUCACUCACCGAGGAACAGUACUUGGACUUUGAGACCAAGUACAAUGCAGCCAGGAUGGCCAUCACGGACAGAGGCUCGCGAGUGUCAGCUGUGAUAGAGAGUCUUGAGAGAGAGAUGGAGCUGCUGUGUGUGACUGGGGUGGAGGACAAGCUCCAGGACAAAGUGAGGACUACGCUGGAACUUCUGCGUAACGCUGGCAUCAAGGUUUGGAUGUUGACUGGUGACAAACUGGAGACUGCGACUUGCAUUGCCAAGAGUAGUCGGCUGGUGAGCAGUCGGCAGGAUCUGUACGUGUUUGCUCCCGUUGUGACACGCACGGACGCGCAUCUUCAGUUGAACACCUUCCGCAAGAAGCAGGACUGCGCUCUGGUCAUUACUGGGGACUCCCUUGAGGUGUGUCUGCAGUACUACCAGCUGGAGUUGCUAGAGCUGGCGUGUCGCAGUCCUGCAGUGGUGUGCUGUAGAUGUUCCCCGACACAGAAGGCUCAGGUCGUGCGGCUCAUACAGCAACACACGGGCAAGAGGGUGGCGGCCGUGGGAGACGGAGGCAAUGACGUCAGCAUGAUACAAGCUGCAGACACAGGUAUUGGUAUAGCAGGUCUAGAAGGUAGACAGGCAAGUCUGGCUGCUGACUUCUCUAUCACCCAGUUCUCCCAUCUGGCUAGACUGCUGCUAGUUCAUGGCAGGUACAGUUACAAAAGGUCUGCAUCUCUAGGACAGUUUGUGAUACACAGAGGUCUGAUUAUCUCCAUUAUGCAGGCCAUAUUCUGCACUGUCUUCUACUUCUCAUCCAUUCCACUCUACCAGGGAUACCUCAUGGUGGGGUAUGCUACCAUCUACACCAUGUUCCCUGUCUUCUCGCUGGUGCUGGACAAGGACGUAUCAGACAAGAUAGCCCUGACAUACCCGGAGUUGUACAAGGAACUGAGCAAAGGCAGAUCUCUCUCUUACAAGACAUUCUUCAUGUGGGUGCUCAUCAGCAUCUACCAAGGUGGAGUGAUCAUGUACGGAGCUCUGUUCCUGUUCAAAGAUGAGUUUAUACAUGUUGUCGCCAUCAGCUUCACGGCUCUCAUCUUGACAGAACUGAUCAUGGUGGCACUGACAGUCAGGACGUGGCAUUAUCUGAUACUUCUGGCCGAGGUUCUAUCUCUGGGAAUCUAUGUUUUGUCUCUUGUCAUACUUAAGGACACUUUCGAUGAGCAGUUCAUCACAACGGGGGAUUAUCUAUGGAAGACGACAGCUAUUACGCUAGUCUCCUGUAUGCCUUUAUACAUAAUCAAAUUCUUGAGGAAGAAGUUCUCUCCUCCUAGCUAUUCCAAGUUAUCUUAGUUUAGUAAAUGUGCUUUUGUUAAGGUAAAUAUAACAUCUAUUUCCUGAUUAAUUUAUUUUUUGAGUUCACUAACUCGAGUCAUUUAUUAGUUGUUAAGUUUGUUGUACGACCAUUUUGCACUUAUUACUCUAUGUAGUAUGAAGAUGAAGCUGUGAUUCUUGUAUGAGGUUUAUUAUUAACGCUAUUAUUUAUUCGUCUACACCUUUUAUGCAUUAUUGUGAAUUUAAUUUUAGAAAGAUAAUAAAUAUUUUUAAUUAA